UUUGACUCGUCGUGAAGGGUGCAGGAGUUGAGGUUGAGGGCAGCCGCUCAACGGCCGUUUAUGUUUCUGUGACGCGGUUAUGUUUGUGUAAUUCGAAAUUAGUACCUCUAUCUUCAUGAAUGUUUAUUUAGAACGUUUCGGAUAGCUGAAGCGCUUCACAACAGUAGGUCAGCAUUCGAUUUCCCAUUCUCAGUUUCUUCCCCAACAGCCAAGUUCUACGAAUCCCCCUCAGGAUUCCCUCCCUUUCGGCGUUGUACUCUCUGUUCUGUUUGCUUUUACUUAUUUAUCUUCAUUGACGUUCCUUCACGAUUUUCAGUUUGAAAUUACCUUUACAGUUUCCCAGUCACCCCUCUGUAGGAUGUUCGGUCAAACGGCACUAGGCGCUGGCGCAGGCACCCCAUUUGGGGGCGCUCGACCUCAAGCUGCCGCCCCAAACUCCAAAGCGUUUGAGGUUGAAUCGCCUCCUGAGGACUCUAUUUCUUCCCUCGCCUUCAGUCCAGCCGCUCUCCAACAAAAUUUCCUGAUUGCCGGCAGCUGGGAUAACAAUGUUCGUUGUUGGGAGGUAGAGCCAACGGGAAAAACCGUCCCUAAAUCAAUGCAGAAUAUGGACGGACCAGUACUGGAUGUGUGCUGGACGGAUGAUGGUACAAAGGUAAUGAUGGCCUCUUGUGACAAGCAAGUAAAAUGCUGGGACUUGGGUAGCAAUCAAACUAUCCAGGUUGCUCAACAUGACGCCCCUGUCAAAACGUGUCACUGGAUCAAAAGCCCUUCAUACUCUUGUCUAAUGACAGGCUCUUGGGAUAAGACCUUAAAAUUCUGGGAUAUGCGUAGUGCUAAUCCAAUAAUGACUAUUAAUCUGCCAGAGAGAUGCUAUGGGGCUGCAGUAGAUUUUCCUAUGGCAGUUGUCAUAACUGCUGCGAGGCAUUUAAUUGUGUAUCAACUAGAAGGAAAGCCUCAGGAGUUUAAUCGGGGAGAAACAAACCUUAAGUACCAGCACCGUUGUGUGGCCAUCAUGAGAGACAAAAAAAAUUCCCCCACAGGCUAUGCUGUUGGAAGUGUGGAAGGUCGGGUUGCUGUUCAAUAUGUAAAUCCUCAGAGCCCAUCAGAAAACUUUACAUUCAAGUGCCACAGGGUCAAUUGUGCCAACAAUACCUACCAGGAAAUUUAUGCUGUGAAUGAUAUUGCUUUUCAUCCAGUACACAAUACAGUAGCAACUGUUGGAAGUGAUGGAACAUACAGCUUUUGGGACAAAGAUUCACGUAUUAAAUUGGCAUCAUCUGAACAACAGGAUCAGUCAAUAACUCGCUGUUGCUUCAACCACAAUGGGCAGAUUUUUGCAUAUGCUCUUAGCUACGAUUGGUCGAAGGGCCAUGAAUAUUAUAACCCACAGAAGAAAAACAGCAUAUUUUUAUACCCGUGUUAUGAAGACAUGAAACCACGAAGCAAGUCAACCUCAUAGCAAAAGAACUGAAUGUGUGAAAUACGGUCUUGACAAUGUACAAAUGAGCCUAAUAUAUGUGUUAUAGUACAAGUAACUUAUGUGAAAUAUAAUCUUUUAAAUUAAGCA